AUGCCUUACAAACUUCAAGGCCGAAAUGUUCUUAUUGUUGGCGGUGCAAGGGGUCUUGGUGUCUCCAUUGCCGAGAAGUUUGCUGCGGAAGGUUGUAAUAUCGCAAUCAACUAUCUCUCGAGUGAACAGGCAGCCCAUGAUCUGGCUCUGAGACUGCAGAGCGAACACAGCAUCAAAACGGUCACGAUCCAAGGAGAUGCAGGAAUUCAGGCGGAUUGCGUCAGGCUAAUUCGGACGGCAAUCGAGAAGCUGAAUGGACUGGACGUCGUUAUCUCCAAUGCCGGCUGGACACGGUUUUCCAAUUUCGGGGACCUGUAUGCUCUGGAUGAAGAUGAAUGGGACAAGUGCUGGGCAACCAAUGUCAAAAGCAACCUGUUCUUGUUCAGAGAAGCUCUUCCGACGUUCAACGCCAAUUCAGAAGGCGGCGUGUUCAUUACAACUUCAUCUAUUGCUGGCAUAACUCCCGCUGGGAGCAGCAUGGCGUACUCCGUUACCAAGUCUGCCGGCUUGCAUCUUCUGAAGUGCCUUAAGGCAUCUCAAGGACCAAAGGUCCGCAUCAACUCGGUACUACCGGGGUUGCUGUUAACCGAGUGGGGCCUGCAAUACUCUGCCGAGCAAAUCCAGUCUUGGACUGACAAGUCGGCUCUUAAGCACGAGGUCUACCUCGAUGAUUGUGCCGACAUGUACGUGGCGAUUGCCAAAAACACGUCGAUGACAGGUCAAGAAAUAACUUUGGGUAAGAAACUCACAACCGCUCUGAGUAAUAACUUUCGGCCCUCCUGA